UCUAUUCGUAGCUGCUAUCAUAAACACUCACUCAAGGUCCACACGAGGAGCAACAAAGUGAACACAUGGAAAAGCAAAAGAUUGAGUGAGAAGUCCGUUCUGUUUCCAUGUAGGACUAGUUUCUCCUGAGAUGUGGGGAUAUCAGAAGCCUUCCCUGUGACAGACCUGUCUGGCCAAAUUCAGCCAGCUGGGCUGUGUGACCGCUGCUGAACACUGUUGAACAUGACUGAGCCCAACAUGAGCCUAGUGACCACCAACAUCAGCGGGGCUGGUAGCGACAACCUGGGGUAUGGAGCAGGGAACUUCUACCGUCCGUUUUCGGUGUUCAGCGUGCUAACCCUCACCCUGCUAGCCAUGCUGGUGGUGGCCACCUUUGUUUGGAACCUCCUGGUUCUCCUCACCAUCCUGAGGGUGCGGACCUUCCACCGUGUGCCACACAACCUGGUGGCUUCCAUGGCCAUUUCGGACGUGAUGGUGGCUGCCCUGGUCAUGCCACUGAGCCUGGUACAUGAGCUCAACGGGCGGCUGUGGAAGCUGGGCCGCGUGCUCUGCCAAGUGUGGAUCUCCUUCGACGUGCUCUGCUGCACGGCCAGCAUCUGGAACGUGACCGCCAUCGCCCUGGACCGCUACUGGUCCAUCACCAGACACUUGGAGUACACACUCAAGACUCGCAAGAGGAUCUCCAAUGUGAUGAUCGUACUCACCUGGCUGCUGUCCUCAGUCAUCUCCCUGUCGCCACUGUUCGGCUGGGGGGAGACCUACUCAGAGGAGGGAAUGGAGUGCCAGGUGAGCCAGGCACCCUCCUACACCAUCUUCUCCACCUUCGGAGCGUUCUACCUGCCGCUGUGCGUGGUGCUCUUCGUCUACUGGAAGAUCUACAAGGCGGCCAAGUUCCGCAUCGGCUCGCGCAAGACCAACACCAUCACGCCUAUGGCUGAGGUGAUUGAGGUGGAGGCAUCGCGGCAGCCCCAGAUGGUGUUUACUGUGCGCCACGCUACGGUGACCUUUCAGAUGGACGGCGACACGUGGCGCGAGCAGAAGGAGAAGAAGGCGGCGCUGAUGGUGGGCAUACUGAUCGGCGUCUUUGUCCUCUGCUGGAUCCCUUUCUUCCUCACGGAGCUCAUCAUCCCGCUGUGCCACUGCGACAUCCCGCCCAUCUGGAAGAGCAUCUUCCUGUGGCUGGGCUACUCCAACUCCUUCUUCAACCCGCUAAUAUACACAGCCUUCAACAAGAACUACAACAACGCCCUGAAGAACUUGUUCUCCCGCCAACACUGAGGCUGGGGAUGAGGGCUGGAGGACGAGGGCUGGAGGACGAGGGCUGGAGGACAAAACUGACAGUGUAAAAUAACGGUUAAAAUCAGCGGGUCCUAUCGUCUCUGACCACAGAACAUUGGCCAUAAUUUUAAUUUCAUUUGACACUGAGGCUGGGGCAGAGACUAAGGCUGAGACCACAGGAGGUUGGCGGCACCUUAAUUGGGGAGGACGAGCUUGUGGUUAAUGGCUGGAGCAGAAUAAGUGGAAUGGUAUCAAAUAUUUUAAUUUCAUUUGACUCUGAGGCUGGGGAGGACGAGGGAGGACGCCCUUCCAUUCGUGCCAUUCCAGCCAUUAUUAUGAGCCAUCCUCCCCUCAGCAGCCUCCUGUGGCUGAGACUAAGGCUGGGGAUAAGGCAGAUGCAGAGAAUGGGGCUGAGGCUCAGGCUCAAGCUGAACCACACGAACAGCCACUCCCCCAGGAGGCUAGCUCUAUCAGAGCUAGAGAGCAAAUCUGACAAACCAGCACAGGCUCUUUUAGCGUCUCCUUUCCCAACUCUGCGUCAACCAAGUUCUUGCUAAUCAGCUUGUUGAAAGACUUUCAAAACUUUUAGGAUGUUUUUGCAUCAAAUCAAGUUUUAUUUGUCACAUGAGCCGAAUACAACAGGUGUAAACUUUACCAUUAAAUGCUUACUUGCAAUCCCUUAACCAACAAUGCAGUUCAAGAAAUAGACAAAAUAAAUAUUUACUAAAUAUACAAAAGUUUAAAAAAAUCAAAGCUAUCAAAAAGUAAAUUUACAUAACAAUAAUGAGGCUAUAUACAGGGGGUACCGGUACCGAGCCAAUGUGAGGGGGUACAGGUUAGUCGAGGUAAUUUGGAAGGUGACUAUGCAUAGAUAAAAAAACAGCGAGUAGCAGCAGUGUAAAA